AUGAGUCCCUGCUUACAGCGGCCGACUUACUCUUCACCCUUGCCAGAUUUUGUCUUACAUACAGAAUUUCCUAGGGGGUGGAAAGUUCCGAAAUUUACCAACUUCGCUGGGGAUACUGAGGAGUCCACCGUUGAACACGUGGCCAGGUAUCAGACUGAGGCUGCCGACAUAGCGAACAAUGAGGAUUUGAAGUUAAAAUACUUUCCAAGUUCUCUUACAAAGAACGCAUUUACGUGGUUCACAACGCUACCUCCACAGUCGAUCCAAACGUGGACGCAGUUGGAGAGAUGGUUCCAUGAACAAUUUUACAUGGGGAAAUCGAAGAUUAGCCUCAAAGAACUAGCUAGCGUUAAGCAGAAGGUUGUUGAGUCAGUUGAUCAGUACCUAAACAGGUUUAGACUAUUGAAAGCACGAUGCUUUACUCAAGUCCCUGAGCACGAAUUAGUCGAGAUGACGGCUGGGAGUUUAGAUUAUUCUAUAAGGAAAAAGUUGGAUACUCAGUAUCUUAGAGAUAUGGUCCAAUUGGCCGAUAGAGUUCGACGUAUCGAACGCCUGAAAGCUGAGAAGCCCAAGACGGGUCGAUAUCAUAAGAAAGAAAAUUUGUCAUAUAUCGCAAUCGAAGGUCGUUCUUACGACGAAGAAGAUAUAAUCAGCAUAAGCGAGGUUAACGUGGCAGAACUUAAGCCCGGGCCUCCAUAUGCGUGUAAGGUCUUAAAACCCUCUAAUGGAAAAAAUCAUGUCGAACCCAAAACAACAGAUAAAUACGUAGCUAAGACCUAUACGUUCGACGUGUCUAAGUGCGACAAAAUCUUUGAUCUGUUACUAAAAGAUGGUCAGAUUAUCGUCCCUCUGGGUUUAAAAGAUCCCCCUAGAAAAAAAUAA